AUGACAUUCCUCUCAUACCCAGAAAGAUUCCUUCUUCUUCAGAAACAAUUAGACAAUGAACCCCCGCCUACCAUCAAAGCGGCUUUCGAAGUUUGUGGUCGGACUGACAAAUCCACUUCCGCCAUCCGGGAUGUCAAAUUCGAUAUCCGUCUUCUCCGCUUAUUGCACGAGACUAAGGGCAAGCCUGCGACUUCUGUGUCAUCGGACGGACCUCACACAGUGAAUAAUUUGGGUUUGAACAGAGCUGAUUUUGUGACCAUCGGAAGAGCUGGCGAAGGACAAUUCGGUACGGUAGAUGCCGUACGGUGUACUCUGAAUGGAGGAAUAUACGCUUUGAAAACCAUAGCAAAAAUCACCGCUAUCAGAUCAGGUCCACUACAUAUCGUGUCUUCUGUUCGACAGUCUUCCAAUACAUCAUCACCUGUACCCCGUUUACUUGCCGCUUUUCAAGAUAUAGACAAUCUAUAUAUGGUAAUCGACUACAUUCCAUGUGGGACCCUAUGGGAUAGAUUGUGUCAAACCACUUUGGACUCACAUGAUCCCGAUCAAUCAUUCGAGGGCGAAAAACUCAAACCAAUGGAGGAAGAAGAAAUAAGAUGGUGUGGAUUUCAAAUGAUCAAAGCCAUAUCAUGGGUUCAUGCAGUAGGUUUCGUACACAGAGAUAUCAAACCUCAUAAUUUUCUCAUCGGGGAAAACUAUCAAAUUAAACUUACCGACUUUGGAUCUUCUGUUCCUCUUCUAUCCACGUCUCAUCCGGAAGCUCGACGUACGGCAUCCGGAAUGAUACAUAAAGACUACUGCGCCUUGCCUGCUGGAACACCGGAUUAUGUCUCUCCAGAGGUACUCACCUUUGCUGAGGAGGCUGCUUACGCGGCUGCCAUGAUGGAGGAUGGGGAUAGGACAAUGAGACCUGGUGAUGCGAUUGUGGAAGAAGGAUAUGAUUGGGGUGUGGAUUGGUGGAGUUUCGGAGCGACCAUCUACGAGAUGUCCACUGGAAAAGCUCCAUUCUGGGCGAGGACUGUUGAUCAGACGUAUGGACGGAUUUUGGGUUGGAAAGAUACGUUGCACAUACCACCCGAGUUAUCCGAGGAGUUACAACAUUUGAUAUCAUCACUCCUCACUGCUCCUGAAAAUCGACUAGGCAGACGAAUCUCAAUAGAAAUCCUUAAUCACCCUUUCUUUAGCCAAAUACGUCAACACGGGCCAAAUCUAAUCUUACCAGAAGAUAUCGAAGCUCCUCCAAUCAUGGAACUUGUCAAUCCUCAAAGUGCAGCAGAAUAUACAUUCGCUCAAGGACAAACAUUCGAUGAAUUCACAUUUGAUCAUUUCUUCCACUCCACCACUUCGGCAUUUUCUUCUCUGACCAUUUCCAACUCUAUGACCCGUCCAGCCAAUGAUCCCAAACCUUGGGAAAGAUGGGUUGGAUGGACAUGGCAUCCUCCUCCUAGACUGCUUGAUAAUCCGCCAAAGUACAACAUCCCCAUUUCCAAUUGGACAUUCGUUUCACCUUUCUCAGCUCAUGUAACUCCGAUCCGCGGGAAUACCUCUACACCUUUAAGAACGCCCACUCCUGGAUCUGUUAUCCGCACUCGACCGAUCUCCGAAAGACAAGCUUUUUCACAAUUGAUGAAAUGUGUUCAGUCCAGUGCGAAAAAACGAGUGAGACAAAGUCGGUCCAGUAGAUCAAAGAUGACUUCUGGCGGAUUGUAUCAAACAAUGGAUAUGCCAGGAUCAAGUUAUAUGAUCACAUCUCAGACUCCAACGCCAACGACGAGGGUUCAAGCAACGUCAUAUAAACCGCCGAAUCUGUCUCCUCCAAAGGAAUAUAGAUCAGAGGAAGCGAAGGAUGGAAUAAGAUUAUCAAUAACAGAUGCGAAAUGGGUUGACAAGAUUUCAACCGGAUCGGAUUGGAGGGGAAGUGUAAGUCUUUCAGAAUUAGAAGCAUGGCAUAAAGAUAUAGAACAUGGUAUAGAGAAUCUGAAUACAAAGUUUAGAAGACUCUCAUCGAGAUUGAGACCGGAAGAGUCUGAUCAUCCAUGA